GCACAAGGAUCCUGAGUUGAUUUUUUAAGGGAACCGCAGUUUCACCUUCACACUCCUCGAGUAAUGCUGUAAUGGACACAUUUGCACUUUGAAAUUGAAGUCAGUUUAGAUUCUUAUUGAAUCUCCACCCAACUGGCAUUGGUAUAGUUUAUUGACAAAACUAUCUCAAAAUGAAGAACGAAGAGGAACCGAAGACGUAUGCCUUUGAAGGGAAGGAAACAAAAAGUAGCGCUGUGCUUGCAGCUGCUUUCUUUGCGGCGUUUGCUGCUUACAUGGCUAUUCAGAACCUACAAAGCAGUCUCAAUGAAGCGGAAGAUCUUGGAAUCAUUUCUCUGAGCGUUCUGUAUGCAUGCAUUAUAUUUUCUGGAAUUAUGGCUCCGGCUGUAAUCCGGUUCAUGGGAAUUAAAUUGUCUUUAAUCCUGUCUUGGGUGAUCCACCUUCUGUACACAAGCUCGAACUUCUAUCCGGCAUUUUCCACCCUCAUACCUUCUUCAAUUCUCCUCGGGGCCAUCUCUGGUUUUCUGUGGACGAGUCAGAGUAUUUAUAUUUCAGUCUGUUCCUACUCUCUUGCCAAGUCUACAGGAGCAGCCCCCUACGAUGUCCUCAGUAAAUUGAAUGGAUUGUUCUUCACCGUUUUUGAAACAACCCAGAUUCCAGGCAACCUUGUGUCGUCACUAAUCCUACGAUCAGGAACUUACAGCAAUGUCACAGGAAAAGCUGUUUGUGGGUCUGACUAUUGUCCUGGGGUAUCCAACGGAACAGACAUAGCCACUCCAGAGAUGAGUCUGGUGUACAUUCUUCUUGGCAUCUAUCUUGGAUGUGGUGUUAUUGCUUUGAUCAUCACGAUUGUCUUCUUACCACCUUUACCGAAAAGUGACUGGAGCAGCAAUGUGAGCUUGAAGCAAUCUCUCAUUUCCUUCUUCGUGACGUUAUUCACCAGCAAGAUGAUAUUCCUGGUUCCUUUCAUGAUGUUCCAGGCAGUGGAACAAGCCAUAUUAUGGUCAGACUACACAAGGUCCUAUGUCAGCUGUCCUAUCGGAAUACACAUGGUUGGUUUCAUCAUGGCAACGUACGGGGCAACCACUUCUUCCUGUGCCUUCGUGUUCAGUCGCAUUGCGAAGUACAUUGGACGUUACAUUCUCUUCUUCACUGCUGCUGUCUUACAAGCUGGGGUGUUUAUAACGCUGUAUCUGUGGACGCCGACAAGCGACGACACCAAGUACAUCUUCGUCAUCCCCAUUGUGUGGGCCAUCGGGGAAGGAAUAUGGGAAACACAAUCUAACUCUCUGAUAGCCAUGCUGUUCCCGGAGAAGAAGGAGCCAGCCUUUGCCAACUUCCACACAUGGAAAGCCAUCGGAUUCACGCUCACAUUUGCACUCAGCAACUUUCUGUGUUUGAAGACAAAACUUAUUUGUGUGCUGGCUUUGUUAGCCUUGGCUAUGACUAUGUACACAGGCGUAGAGAUUUAUGCACGAGUGCACAAGAAGCGCAAGGAGGUCACAGCUACCACUUCAGUAGAAAUUACCUCAAAUGGCAUAAAAAAAUCUACGUUCACAAACUAACACCAUGUGCUAGAAUACACAUUUGACAAGGGUGUGUAGUUUCAACAUUGUUUGCUUCUCUUCGUUUGUUCAAAUCGUUGUCAACCAAUGCGGUUCACGAAACCGUAUCUGUGAUUUCUGGGUAUUCAGGUAAGACGAAUAUAAUGUCACGAUAAUAUGGGGAGCUAUCGCCCUGGUAAGCAAUCCGCUGAAGGUUCAUUGUUAGCAUUGUCCAAUCAAACUUUCCCCAUCCUAUGUUCAGAAUGUAAAUUUCCAAAUAUUCAUGUUUUAUGUGUAUCCCUGUUUGAGGUUGUCAUGUUGGCUACCUAACAACACGACAAUAUGGACGGUUUGAUAAAAACAAUGUAUGAAUAUCAUACUUGUUGUAUGUGCCUUUAAAUACAGAGCAUGUAUCCACUUCACUUCCGGUCUCAUUUUGAACCCUUUCCAUCAUCAUAAAAAAAUCUCCAUUGAACGAUUCCGACCAUAUCAUGAGCAUGCGUUUAUGAAUCACUAUCAAAUAAUGAUGCUACUAGGUGUUCGGGUGUGAACGGAUUUGUCAGUUGUUCAAAUACAAAAAAACGGGAACCUAAGGUUCAAGCCAAAAUUGGAAAUGUACUCCACAUGUCUACUUGAGGCCUUGAAUGAUGUAGCCAUAAACAAAGAACUUUUGAGCAAGAGACGUAUGAAACGCUUUGAAUUUUCGAAGACCAUUUCUUUCAAAUAUAAACCAUCAACGUCAGGGAAUCACAAGUCUCUGUUAUCCCGUCGAAAUACAUUUCAUUGGGCGGCAAAAUAGCAGUUAAAAAAAAAGAUAAGUAUCACUGAAAAUGUUUGCGAAAGGGGCAGUAUUUCUGCCUAUCAUGUCAAAACCUUAUCGUAGGUCUACUUUUUAUUCACGCAAAGACGUCAACUGUCGUAUGUGAAGUAUAAUUUAUGAUAUUGACUCACUGUGCCUGAUACGCCAGGCCUUGGUUAAAAUGUUUUGCGCGCUUCAAUCAACGUGCAUCGUUAGCCUCUUGAAAUAGUGCGCAGGGCGUUUCUCACUUUUUCUAUCGUAACGAAACAUGUGGCAUGAUGUUUUUGUACACUUUCUGUAAAGAUAUAGGGUAUCUGGAAAGUUUAUUGGUGGCGGUGGGAGACAACAUAUAUUGCUGUACAUUCCCCUAGGAAUGUUUAAUGUGACAACUACGUACAUGUUACUAGAUAGGAGAGAUGUAGAUGAAAGUCCGGACCAGUAGCUUGGCUUGGAGCAUCAUUUACAUGGUCGCAGUGUUUCUGUGUCAAACUUGCUCUACUAACCUUCUUUUUAAGGUGUUAGUUUGUUUUUGUCUGAUGGCUAGCGCCAUUUUGGUUUCUCUGAAACAUUUAGAGUUUUUAAAAUGAAAUGAGAGUGACUUAAUCUGGACAUGUUUUAAACAAUCGCCUGUCACAUUCUAAGACUUAGUUAUGUUUCGGAAUGUAGAUAAUCCAUGCAAUUUGUUCAUUGUGUUUUUAAAAGAGCUAAAAAUGUUUAAGGGAAAUAUAUCCGGUCUCUAUCUCGUAAGAAUAAACUUGCGCAUUGAGCGAUAUCUCCUUUAGCUAUAGGAGUAGCUAUAGUAUAGAGCUUUAUCACGCACUGACCUUGCAAUACUGUACAUCGUAUCUUAUUCAAGCUGUAUCAUUGAGAGUGAGUGAUUAUCUUCCUUACCGAAUAGCUGUGUUGAGCACUACCUUUGCUAUGUUAUUCAGGCAGCAAGAAAGAAGGGUUCCAGGGAGGAAUUUAGGUCAAACAUGUAACGCGUAUUCAAUCAUUCUCCCUUCACGCUGCUAUUGCAACUUAUUGUUCAACACGGUUAAAUACAAGGCUUCUAUAAAGUAUGACUUUGUUCAAUAAUCGACACAUGUGAAAGAAAGUGUUUGAUAUGAAAAAAAUUGUAAUUACUUGCCUUCAUAAUCACAUGCAUUGUGUUUGCUGUGCAUAGUUGAGCACAGUAUUGAUUUAAGAAGUUCACUGUGUGUAUUGUAAUACCGUUUCAUGCGGCGGUAUACGGUUCUGCAUUGUUUAUUGUUUUGACAGUUUUGUUUAACCUCCGGCAGAGAUUAUACACCCGUAUACAUGUAUGUCUGUUUCUUGAUACAUAGUCAAUCAACAGCUUGGUCUGUAGUUUGGAAUUAUUUCCUAAAAAAUAAAACGGUUGCAUGAUAUAUU